GCCGGGGGAGGGGCCCGGGCGGGCCGGGAGGGGCUGCCCAGGCCCCGCGUUUCCCCUUUCACCGCGGCCGGCGCCGGGCCAGGAGGAUGCGCGGCACCGGGCUCUGAAACAUGGAGGGAGUUCUAUACAAGUGGACCAACUAUCUCACAGGUUGGCAGCCUCGUUGUUUUGUUUUAGAUAAUGGAAUCCUGCCCUACUAUGAUUCACCAGAUGAUGUUUGCAAAGGGAGCAGAGGAAGUAUAAAGAUGGUAGUUUGUGAAAUUAAAGUCCAUUCAGCAGACAACACAAGAAUGGAAUUAAUCAUUCCAGGAGAGCAGCAUUUCUACAUGAAGGCAGUGAAUGCAGCUGAAAGACAAAGGUGGCUGGUUGUUCUGGGGAGCUCCAAAGCCUGUUUGUCUGAUACUGGGACUAAAAAAGAAAAAGAAAUAAGUGAAACCAGUGAAUCUCUGAAAACCAAAAUGUCUGAGCUUCGCCUCUACUGUGACCUCCUAAUGAAGCAAGUUCAUACGAUCCAAGAAUUUGUUCACCAUGAUGAGAAUCAUUCAUCUCCCAGCAUAGAGAACAUGAAUGAAGCCUCUUCUCUACUUAGGGCGACGUGUAAUACAUUCAUCACAACGCUUGAGGAAUGUGUGAAGAUAGCGAAUGCCAAGUUUAAACCCGGGAUGUUUCAGCUGUGCCAUCUGGAUCCCUUAGUUUCUCCUGUGUCAACUAAUCCUGUUCGAAUGAUGAAACGUCCUGUCAGUCACCCUGGUUCUUGCAGUUCAGAGAGGAGUAGCCACUCUAUAAAAGAAACAGUGUCUACACUUCACCGAAUCUCCCAGCGGCGCCGAAGAACCUACACAGAUACAGACUCUUGUAAUGAUGUUCCUCUCGAAGACCCAGAUAGACCUGUUCACUGUUCAAGAAAUACACUUAAUGGAGAUUUGGCAUCAGCAACGAUUCCUGAAGAAAGCAGACUUAUGGCCAAAAGAAAAUCUGAAUUGGAAGAUCCUCUUCCAUCCUUCUCUUCCUGAGGAAACGGAAAUGUCCACCUUUCUCUAAGUAUUGCUCUGCAAAAGCUGCUGUAAUUAAACUAUGUUAUAGGGAGUAAUUUUUCCCUUAGGAUUACUCUGCACUUUAUAGAAUAUUAUAAAACAAACAAACAAAAAACAACCCACAUACCUUUGAAGUGUAUUUUAUCUUUAUAUAGUUUAUUUGCAAGAGUAUUUUCCUAAUAACUUCGCAGUAUGAAUGUGCAUCUUUUUGUUUUUUGAACAAAUGAUGGUGUAACAUUUUGACAUCUGUAAGGACAAAUGUAGAUUUUUUUCUAAAAAACUGUGAGGGACUGACAUCUUAGUCAGUGUGUAUUGUAGCUGAUAAACAUAAAAUCUUAUAAACCUAAGGUUUCAUUCAGUUUGACAGAAGUGUGAUAUACGUAACUUGUGCCAUGGACCAAAUGGUCACUUUACCCCAGCUGAAACUGAGUUACGGUCGCAGCUUGAUGGUGUUUGUAUUAUAUUCCUUUAAGCAAAAAGGAAACAUUUAAUAUUCGAAAUAUUUUUACCCCAAAUACCAUGACAUUGAGGAUUUUUUAAAAACCAGACU